GCGUCAUGCGUCUCUACUUCGAAUUAAACCAGCGGCGAAGGCAGUAGCUCCUCACUUACGAACGCAGACAGCAAACACUCACGGAGGCGGCGAUUUCUUCCUAGAUUCGGCGAAAGAAGACGAUUUCGACUUGUUUUCCGAUUAGAUGGCGACUUCAAGUUCUACUGGACAUUUAUUGUAUGGACCCGAAGACCCGUCCGUGUUAAAUAUGCAAAAAAAUCACAUUUCAAAUAAACUGAUGAAAGGGGGAACAACCCAAGUAUUUAAAGUCCGAAGGACUGAAAGUAAGACUUGGGACGCCGUGAUUCACGAGAAUGUAAGAUAUUGGCUUGACGUCUUUGGUUUCAAAGGCGUGAUCGAUUGUGGGAAGCCAAUGAAGGUCGACAAUGAGCUGAUCACGGCGUUGAUUGAGCGUUGGAGGCCGGAGACACACACAUUCCAUCUACCGAUCGGUGAGACGACGAUCACCUUGGAAGAUGUGCAAGCCAUCUGGGGCUUGAGGGCGGAUGGCGUCGUUUUCACGGGUCGUGACUAUCAUGACAACUUUCCAGAUUGGACCAGCAAGUGCCGCGAUCUGUUGGGAUGGAUACCAGAUUCUUCCACAGAGACAAAGCAAGGUGGUUUGCUGAUGACCGCGCUGAUCAACCAGACAAGGAUGCCUCUGGGUGAUGACCUGCCUACUUACGUAUACAUCCAAAGAGCACGUAUCCAUGCCCUAAUUUUAUUAGGAGGUCUCAUUCUACCGGAUACCACGGGGUGUAAGGUGCCAUUUAUGUGGUUGAAUGGGCUUGGGGAUCCGGAAGAGGUGAAGAAUAUAAGUUGGGGAAGCGCGGCAUUGGCCUACCUUUAUCAUUAUCUAUGUGAGGCUUCCAUGGAUAAGAGAAAAGAGUUGGGCGGCCCUAUGAUCCUCCUGCAGCUAUGGGCGUGGGAAAGAAUGCCCACAUUGAGGCCUGCGUUCAUAGGACCAAAGGUGGAGAGGAACAACGCAGAUAGGAAAUGCUCCAAGACACUCGGUUGA